CAAUUUCGAAAAUGUCUGCCGGAGGCUCAACAUCCAACCCCGCCAGCCACAUCAAAUUCAUAUUCGUAUUCAUUACAGAAUCGAAUCGUUAUCGCGCAACUCUCACAUGCUCCGUGGGGCCCACUUUCCACGAAUAUACUCUGCCAAAAUCCGUUCAAAAUCACCGCUUUUUCUAUUUUGUUCGCAACAUAACCAUACAACAGCUUCCCAAUUAUUCUCUCUCUCUCUCUCUCUCUCUCUAGAUAUACAUACAAAACAUGGACGCGGUGGAGAUUUUACUGUUAGGCAUCGUGGGAUUAUCUGCUCUGGUUUUCUUGAUUCUCGACACUCUGGAUCCGCAUCGACGAAGCGGAGAAGCUUUGAAACAGAGUCGUGGCGAUGUUCAUCAUAUAAUUGAGGAGUCGGUUAGAGAAGAAGGAAGUGUCGGUGGCGACGGAGAAUCCGAGAGUUUAGGGAGAGAAGAAACAGAUUAUAAUAACAAUCUCGUAAAUCCAAGCUGCGAAGAAAAAGAGGAUGAGAAUAUUUGCAGAGAGAGAGGGAUCAGCGAUGAUUGGGAGGGAGUAGAGAGGAGCGAAUUAGACAAGAUUUUCGGUGAAGCGAUAGUUUAUGCGGAAGCUAAGAGCAUUGGAGAAGACGUGAAGCUGCAGUUGUAUGGGCUUCAGAAAGUUGCCCUUGAAGGGCCUUGUCACGGUUCGCAGCCCAUGGCAUUGCACCUAUCAGCUCGAUCAAAAUGGAACGCUUGGCAAAAGGUAGGGAAUAUGAGUGAGGAGAUGGCAAUGGAGAAAUACAUAUCCAUAUUAUCGGAGGCAAUUCCUGACUGGAACAAGGGUGAAGAUACUCUAACCAAUCAAGAUUCCCAAAGUAUACAAGGAGCAGAAGAGAGAUGAUUUUAAUUGGAUCAAGCUUUUGCUCAGACCAAAAUGUUGGCCGUGUGUUGAUAAUUGAUGCACAAAAUGCAGUGGAUUUGUAUGUAUAUAUUAGAAUAAUUGACAAAAGUAGCCAUAAUAAUAAUGUGAAGGGAAAAGAGUAAUCUUGUCUAUUGUUUCUACCAUCUCAAUGUGAUAGGUGCAUUUUACCCCUCUACCUACCAGGCAAUAGGGGGUAAAAGGAAGGGUGCACUAACAAUAAUUUUUGUCUCAUAAUUUUUCAUUGUUAUAUAUAUAUUAUCUUAGUAUGA